AAACAAUACUGAACCCUUAUGAAGAGAGGGCUGGCUCCAGUAAAGAAAUCAGCAGUUCUGGAUCAGGGAUUUCCAGAUCGGAAUGAAGACCCCUGAGAACUGCACUGUGUUUACUGACUUUGUAUUCUUAGGACUUUCAGGUGCACAGGAUGUGCAGCAGGGGCUCUUUGUGCUUUUCUUCCUGAUUUAUGGCAUAACUGUGAUUGCCAAUCUAGGGAUGAUCCUACUGAUCAAGAUGGAUCUCACACUUCACACACCCAUGUAUUAUUUCCUGAGCAACUUGUCUUUCUGUGAUGUCUGCUACUCUUCCACUGUCUCUCCCAAGAUGCUGGCUGAUUUCUUAACUGACCAAAAGCGGAUUCCGUAUAAUUUAUGUGUCGUUCAGAUGUAUUUAUUUGGAGCCUUUGCAGAUGUGGAAUGUCUCAUGUUGGCUGUCAUGGCCUAUGACCGUUAUGUUGCCAUUUGCAAUCCACUUCUUUAUACGAUCACUAUGUCCAGGAGGCUCUGCACCCAGCUAGUGGCUGUGGCCUACUUUGUAGGCUUGGUGGAUUCUGCAGUCCACACCUGCUCCACAUUCAGGUUGUCAUUCUGCAAUUCUAAUGUCAUCAAUCACUUUUUCUGUGACAUCCCACCCUUGCUAGCCCUCUCUAACUCAGACACAUUCAUCAAUGAGAUAGUGAUGUUCACAUUCAUUGGCUGUGUUGUGGGGUGCAGCAUUGUCACUGUCUUCCUCUCCUACAGCUACAUUAUAAUGAUGAUCCUUAAAAUGAGCUCAGCUGAGGGCAGACUUAAAGCCUUCUCUACCUGCACCUCCCACUUGAUGGCUGUGGCUGUAUUUCACGGCACACUCCUGUUCAUGUAUUUCCGACCCAGUUCAAGUUACUCAAUGGAAACAGACAAAAUGGCUUCUGUUUUCUACACGGUUGUCAUACCUAUGUUAAAUCCACUGAUCUACAGCUUAAGGAAUAGGGAUGUGAAAGAUGCUCUGAAGAAAGCGAUAAGCACUAAAUUAUGUUCUGUAUGACACUGUGAUUUGCAUUCACAAAUAAUAAACUUCUGAGACUUAAAGUUCAUGUACUUCGACAUAGGUUUCUGUAGUGUCAUCCAUACGGCCUUCAAGGUAUUUUUAAUUACUUACCAUUGUGCUUAAAUUGUGUGUACGGGGGGAAGAAUUAUUGCUCUUAGUCUUCCCUCUAAACCAAGGAGGAGUAGAAAUAGACUUUUUUUGUUGUUUAGCAGAGAAGGUCCUUUUAUAUUUCCCCACUCUCUUCAUGAACAUGCCCCAGUGAACUGUUGUGGGUUCUAAUGAACCAUUUUCCCACACCAAUUCAACAGACCCUCCCUAAAUUUCCUAUUACAUACAAAAAUGUUGCUCAUCCAAAGGGAGUUUUAGAGAAUCAAACUUAGCCUGGUUCGUGCUCUUCCUAUGUACGAGUAUCAUCCUAUAAGUGUCCUGCAUAUACUUAUAAGUAAAUAAGCAGUAAAUAAAUAUAUAAAAGCAAAUAAGAAAUCUCUUGCCCAAAUAAGAAGUGUCUUGCCCUAGACAUAAAAUUCCAUAAAGGUAAUGUGCUUUCCUGCCUUGUUCACCAUUAUUUCUACGUUGUUAUUUUUAAUGCUUGGCUGCAGGAUCCCAUUUAUAAACAGUUAUUCAAUACACAAAUCAAUGUUCCUUGAAAGUUUAUGCAAAAAGGAGGCUUUGUACAUUUACCAGAAAAAGAAGUCCCUUCCAUUUCAUUCUAGUAUGUUCACCUUGGAUAAAAUCCAUCUGUGCCUCUUGUCUUUUGACCUAGGUUUGAAUUAAGUUAUCACAAACAGAGAUCAUCUUUGAUAUACUGAACAAUUUUUCUCAAAUCCUCUAUUCCUCAUUAUAUCAGCAGACAUCCCCAGGAUCACCAAUCCCAGAUUUUUAUUUUAAUAUUAAAUUAUUCUCUCAUAGUCACAGCACCAGCCUCCAGACUUCCUCCCUACCCUUACUCUGGAGAACAGGCAUGGCGCUAUUGGCAACCUAUAGGACUGCACAAAUGGAACGAAAGAUCUGUACUUUCUCCAAAGGCCACUGGAAAAGGAGCCUCAAUCUCCCUUGAUGAGUUUGUACCAUUAUAUUCUGUUAAUGGUUCAUGUGAACUAAAAUUUCAAAAAUGGAAGGUCCAAUUGAUUUGGGUGAAGUUGUAAAGUAUGUUCAAUGGAAAAAAAC